GCGGCCGGCGCGGCGGGAGGAUGCCACUGAUGCGGAAGGCGCUGCGCGUCUCCAACCGCUCCAUGCUCGCCUUCAUCUUCUUCUUCUCCUUCUCCUCAUCCUGCCUCUACUUUAUCUACGUGGCCCCCGGGAUCGCAAACACGUAUCUCUUUAUGGUGCAAGCUCGUGGGAUAAUGUUGAGAGAAAAUGUAAAAACAAUAGGACACAUGAUCAGAUUGUACACUAACAAAAAUACUACACUGAAUGGGACAGAUUAUCCUGAAGGAAACAAUUCUAGUGACUGCAUUGCUCAAACAACAAUGUAUCUUCCAGAGAACUUCACCUACUCUCCUUACCAGGCUUGUCCAGAGAAGCUGCCUUAUAUGAGAGGCCUUAUUGAUGUCAAUAUGAGUGAAAUUAGUUUUGAUGAAAUUCAGCAACUGUUUUCAAAAGAUUCAGACAUUGAACCAGGAGGACACUGGAAACCAAAAGACUGUAAGCCACGGUGGAAGGUGGCAAUCCUUAUUCCUUUUCGGAAUCGCCAUGAGCAUCUUCCAAUUUUUUUCCGUCAUCUGAUACCUAUGUUGCAGAAGCAACGUCUGGAAUUUGCCUUCUAUGUUGUUGAACAGACAGGUACACAACCUUUUAAUCGUGCAAUGCUCUUUAAUGUUGGCUUCAAAGAGGCUAUGAAAGAUGCCAUCUGGGACUGCAUAAUAUUUCACGAUGUGGAUCACUUACCUGAAAAUGACAGAAAUUAUUACGGAUGUGGAGAAAUGCCGCGCCAUUUUGCAGCAAAGCUGGACAAAUACAUGUACAUCCUUCCAUACAAUGAGUUCUUCGGUGGUGUAAGUGGCCUGACAGUGGAACAAUUCAAGAAGAUCAAUGGUUUUCCAAAUGCCUUUUGGGGAUGGGGUGGAGAGGAUGAUGAUCUUUGGAACAGGGUUCACUAUGCUGGAUACAAUGUAACAAGGCCAGAGGGAGAUUUAGGGAAGUACAAAUCCAUUCCUCAUCAUCACAGAGGUGAAGUCCAGUUUUUAGGACGAUAUAAACUUCUGAGGUAUUCCAGAGAACGUCAGUAUAUUGAUGGAUUGAACAAUUUAGUAUAUACUCCUAAAAUAAUUGUCAGUAGAUUGUAUAAAAAUAUAACUGUUAAUCUCAUGCCAGAACUUGCUCCUGUUAGAGACUAUUGAUGGAAGUGGAAUGACAAGCUACCUUACCAGAAUAAACUUUUAACACUGGAAGCUGCUAAUAGACACUGUAAACCAAACCAAAACAAACCCAAAAAACAGCAGCUUAGAAUUAGAGUUUUCUGACCAUUUGAUGAUGCAUAUUUGGGAUGAGAAAUUAUUGUAUUUACCAUGCAUUUUGUUCUGAAAGAAAAGCCAGCAGCUACCACUCAGAUGUUUACAGCAUGAGACUACUGUUCAAGCCUUCACUCUUCGUAUUCUCUAUCUUAACCAUUCAACUAAAUAGACUGUAGGAAACAGACUUGUAGCUUCUCUGGAAGUAAAGACAGAAGCCUCUUCCAGGAAUUUUUUUAUACUAAACUGCUGUCCCCCUCGUAUUUAAAUGAAUGCUUUUGUUUCUUUUUAAAAAUGUGUUUUGUAAAUAUGUGAUGUAAAAUGAAUGUGUUUACAUUGCUUUUCAAUUGUUCAAUAUUAUGUAUUUGAGUAUGUUCUUGUUUGAAUUCUAUAGGAAUGUUUUUAUUAGCAUGAAAGAACAAGUGUAAAAUGUAAGUAUGCUUGUAAAAAGGUUAUACCUUAUGUAAAAUGAAGGAAAUAUUAAUUGUUGGCCAGCUAUGACUGUAAACUGUUAUACUAGUUUUGAGCUCUAGGCCUCCUGCAUAUCUAUGUAGAAAAAUCAAUUUUGUAUAUAAACUUGCUAGGAAGAAAGCUUUUAAUUUUAUUUAUUGCCAGUAAAAUUGUAUGAUACCCUGCCUGCCAUCUAAAUCCUAUUUAUAUGCAUAUUGCACGUGUAUUACAGAAGAUCUUGCGCUUGUUGCAUAUUAUGAUCUACAGGAACUCUAACUGUUUCCAAGUGUGCCACUUGUGUCAAUGUCAGGGAUUUUAAUGCCUAAAACAAUGUGUCUGAGUGCGUACAGUAUUUUGGUAUUGUUCUUUUUUUUUAAAAAAAACAAACAAAGAACCUUAGUAAACAGCACUUUUAUUCCUCCAAAAUCAGAAGAGCCAAAAAUGUGUCUUCAUUGGAAGAAUAUCAAAGUUAGAUUUUUAAGAGAAUAAAAAAAACAUAGUUCUAAUAGUUCUAAUGCUUGCAGUGUGGGAUUUUCAGAACCAUGGUGUUGGUCACACUGUUCUGCUGAUGGGGGAUGAUGAUGCCAAAAGCGGAACUGAAAACAGGCCAAUCCCAAGUGCUUUUUAAAAUUCCACUCACAAUACAUUAUUCAAUAAAGCUAUUUGAAGGCCUGUUCUGGCAGGGUGCUUCGUGGUUCUGUGAUGCACUAAGUAUCCUCGAGUCGAUGAGCGUCAAUGAGGUUGAGGUUGUGCAGUCCUGCUAAGGAUGGGUCCUGUCUGUUUCUCUAUUUCUGUGGUGUUAUAUGUAUGAGUAACUAUGAGCCUCUUUCCUCAACUUAUAAUGAAAAGCAUAUCUUCUUAUUUUCUCUUUGAUUGUAAUGUUAUGCUACUUAAAAGUAUCCCACUGCUAAGCAUUACUAUCUUUUCCUAAUAUUUUUUUACAUCCCUUAUUAUACUAAGGGAAAGGGCCAGGUCAUAUAUUUUCUAUGUUAAUGCAAAGACACUGACCAAGAUCUAUUAAACUGUUUUGUUUGUCACAGUUGCUCAGCUCCUUAGGAACCAAAGACGGACUUCUGCUCCCAUGAAGAAUGGAAAGCAGUAUAUAUAAUAAGGAUUGUUUAUCCAUAGAGUGUUCUUCAAGAGUGUUGACAAAGAAUACGAACUUUAAGUCAUUACUAUGUGUUGGUUUCCUGAAUUGCUGCCACAGAUAGUGUGGUGCUUUGUAUAUUUUAAGUUUGCCUUAAACAUCUUUUAUUUCUUUGACAUCACAGCAGCAAAUUCUGCCCUUAGCCAUUCUUCAGUAAGGUUAUGGGCUUAGUUGUAGGCAUCCCGAAUAUUAGUAGAAGUACAGUUAUUUAAUUUAAGUAGUUGAGAACAGUUGUAAGGGAUUUGUUAUACCGUAUUGGAAUUACCUUAAAAUCUGCCAGUUAAUCUAAUAUGCUUUAGGAAUGAAGUAAUACAGUGAGAAUACCUAAAAGCAUAAAGUGAAGAAAACAUCCUUCAAAAGCAUGCUGAAGUGGUUCAAUCACCCCCUAACAGAUUUUUCUAUAACUGAUUAUAUAGAACAUUCUGAAGCAUAUGGAGAAAGGGGAGAUAAUACAGUGUAUGAACAAUUAUAUCUUCAAAAUAAAAUUAGUCCUAUUUCAUAGCAGAAUAAUACUAUUCUUUAAGAACAGUUGAAUAAUUUUUUAAAUCCUUGAUGUAAUUUUGAUGUGAUUUCUGGUUUUCAGUACAAUUUCUCCUUCAGUUUCACGCCUAUGAUUAUGAAACAUCCUUUGGUACCACAGGUCUGUACUGUUUUCUGAAGCAUGCUUUUGUGCCCAUUUGUUAGGCAUUCUGUGAAAUUUAUGUGCAAUUUAAAAAAAAUAUCUAAUGCAUAUAUAUGUAUAUAUACUUACAUAUAUACAUACUAUAUUACACAUUUGCUGUGGCUGAACUAACGUAACUUAAAGCUUUAAGUGAUUGAUCAUGUAUGGUCCUAGAAAAAUGUGAUUUAAACCAGUAUGUGAAUGAAUUGUGACAUAUAGCUGAGUUCUUAGAACAUUUACAUUUUGGUGCCCCAAAGUGAUGGAUGUUAAAUUAUGAAUUGCUGACCAACACUAUUCUCUAAGUACCUUUUACCAUUUCGUUGGGAAGUUUUGAAAGUUGCCAUCUUAAAUUACAUCACAAUAGUGUUUGUAUACUACCUGCUUAAACUCAGUACUCUUCUGUAGUGAAUUUUAACAUAGACAGUGCCUUCAAACAAAAUAAAUAUGAUGCAGAACUAA